UCUGCCUAGUACUAUGCACUUAUUCCACCGAAGACCGGCCGUCUCACUGACCUUUCUUGCCGAGACGGCUACCAGCCGUGACGUUGAACGUUGGGACUGCGAAUCAACAAACAGUGUGUCAAGUCACAGUUGCUAUGCGCAGGGCAGAAAAGAGCGAAGGAAGACACAUGGCCAACGAGCUUGUGUCAUGCCGGGACGACUACCUCACACCACUUCAGCUGCUAACCCAAAGUUAAUGGAUAUCAAGAUCAGAACACGCGUCUACGAUCGCUGAGUAUCUGAGGAAUCAGUGCAUUGGCGACAAUUAAGCCCACUCUCUGCACGCGCUUGAUGCACAU